GCCCUGCUGGACGCCGGUGAAUCCAUGAAGCGUCUGGCCGAAGUGAAGGAUUCUCUGGACAUCGAGGUCAAGCAGAAUUUCAUCGAUCCCCUUCAGAAUUUGUGCGACAAGGACUUGAAAGAGAUCCAGCACCACCUGAAAAAGUUAGAAGGGCGACGGUUGGAUUUCGACUACAAAAAGAAGCGCCAAGGGAAAAUUCCGGACGAGGAGUUGCGACAAGCGUUGGAAAAGUUUGAGGAGUCCAAGGAAGUGGCGGAGACGAGUAUGCACAAUCUUCUCGAGACGGACAUCGAGCAAGUCAGCCAGCUUUCUGCUCUGGUGGAUGCGCAACUCGAUUACCACCGGCAAGCCGUGCAGAUUCUGGACGAGUUGGCGGAGAAGCUGAAACGCAGAGUGCGAGACACCUCUUCGCGCCCCAAGCGGGAAUAUAAACCGAAGCCCAGAGAGCCCUACGAAUUCGGAGAGAGCGGAGACCAGUCGAACGGUGGAUUUUCCUGCAACCCAGCUCCCAAAGUCUCCGCCCCCCACAUGGACCAGCCCUGCUGCAAGGCGCUGUACGACUUUGAGCCGGAGAACGACGGCGAGUUAGGCUUCAGAGAAGGCGACAUCAUCACGCUGACCAACCAAAUCGACGAGAACUGGUACGAGGGCAUGAUCAACGGCCUGUCGGGCUUCUUCCCGCUCAACUACGUGGAGGUCCUCGUCCCGCUACCUCAGUGA